AUAAUUCAGAACAAAAUUUACUUCGCGCGUGUUUGUAAAAUAUUAAUUAUCGUAUUCAUUAUGCUAGAGGAAGUUGCUUAUCCGUUAAGAAAAAGAAGUUAUAGUUAUACGGACACGGACUAUACGAGAGGUAGUGACGAAUUAUUAUCACAAUCUACAGUAUCAGUCAUGGCUCCCUCAGCACCACACUCCGAUAACAACAACCAAGAAAACGCUAAAAAAGUAAAGCUCGAACAAAACGUAGGUAAGCCCUCAAGGGUAAUCCACAUCCGCAACAUCCCAAGCGACGUUUCGGAAGCAGAAAUUAUUCACCUCGGACUCCCCUUCGGAAGGGUCACGAACGUUUUGGUAUUGAAGGGUAAAAAUCAGGCGUUUUUGGAGAUGGGCGACGAACAAUCAGCCACGACCAUGGUAAACUACUUCUCCAAUUGCAUCGCGCAGCUAAGAGGCCGUGCAGUUUAUGUACAAUACUCCAAUCACAAGGAGCUGAAGACAGAUCAAACACAUUCUAAUGCGAAUGCUUCAGCCCAGGCAGCGCUUCAAGCAGCUCAGGCUAUAACUCCAGCAGCUAAUGUUGUUACUAAUGGACAGGACAUACAGGGUGGCCCAAAUACGGUCCUUAGAGUUAUUAUCGAGCACAUGAUAUACCCUAUAAGCUUAGAUAUUUUACAUCUGAUAUUUCAGCGAUUUGGAAAGGUGUUGAAAAUUGUAACUUUCACCAAAAAUAAUGCUUUCCAAGCCCUUAUCCAAUAUCCAGAUAACCAAUCUGCACAGUCUGCCAAACAAUCUUUAGAUGGCCAAAACAUUUACAACAGCUGUUGUACCUUGCGCAUCGAUUAUUCAAAAAUGUCGUCGUUAAAUGUGAAAUACAACAACGAUAAAUCCCGAGAUUUCACAAAUCCGAGCUUACCAACCGGUGAAGGAGGAGAUCCUAUGCCUUUGACUGCAGGAUUGGCUGGUGGAAUCGGAGCUGAUAUUUUACUCCUAGCUACACAACCAAGAUUGGCUAGAGAAAGAUUAGCAGAUUCUAUACUCUCAGGUUCGCCUGGUGUCCUGGCUAGCCCAUUCAUGCAUGGUUUAGCCUCUCCCUUGGGUGCUCCCUAUAACGGCGCUACCGUUGGAGGUGGUUUGCCAGGUCUAGCCAGUUUCCCAUUGGGCCAAACAGCUCCUGGAUUAAGAGGUCUGGCCUCGCCCGGUCUGGCUAUGGCUACUGUUCUUUUGGUCAGCAACCUUAACGAAGAGAUGGUCACGCCUGACGCUCUCUUUACACUAUUUGGGGUAUAUGGUGAUGUACAACGGGUGAAGAUUUUGUACAACAAAAAGGAUUCAGCGUUAGUUCAAUUGGCCGAACCACACCAAGCCCACUUGGCCAUAACUCAUAUGGACAAAUUAAAGGUAUUCGGCAAAAACAUUAGAGUAAUGUUAAGCAAGCACCAGAGCGUACAAAUGCCUAAAGAAGGCCAACCGGAUGCCGGUUUAACCAAAGAUUACAGCCAGAGUCCAUUACACAGAUUCAAGAAGCCGGGAUCUAAGAAUUAUCAGAAUAUCUACCCACCUUCUUCUACUUUACAUCUAAGCAACAUUCCUGCGACCAUCAACGAAGAGGAUAUCAAAGAAGCUUUCGAAAAGAACGGUUUCACCGUCAAAGCUUUCAAAUUUUUCCCAAAAGACAAAAAGAUGGCUCUAAUCCAACUACCCAGCAUGGACGACGCAGUUGUAGCCCUGAUAAAGAUGCACAACUACCAACUGUCCGACUCUAACCAUUUAAGAGUCUCGUUUUCAAAAUCUAACAUUUAAGAGGCGUUUGUGAAUCCCAAAACAAAACAGUAUUCAUUCCAUUUUAAGAAGAAAGAACACGCACCGUGCAACGGUAACAAAAUGACAUGGUAGCUAAAUGAAAAUGUUGUAACACAGCGCUUAUUUAUUGAUAUAAUAUAUAGACUGUUAUUUUUGGCAAGAUUUCGCUUCUGGGCCAAUCUGUGUUUAAAUUUUGAAGUUGUUGUAACACAUGUUAAUUUUCGUCAAAUAUUUAUUGCUAAUAAGUUGAGCUAAAAAUGAAGAAAAAAACAUUUCAUGCUGGAUUAUAUUAUUUUUAAAAUGUCAUUGUAAUAUAAAUGCCAAAAUUACGUAAUUUGUUAAUGUCUAGACCACAUAGAAAUGUAUGGCAAAAUUAAGAAUUCGUUAUGUUUAUUGUUGAUAUUAUUUGAGCAUAAGGGUUGUCUAAUAAUUAAUAAAAAAUAUAAAAAUAUCAAAAUAUGUAUAAAAAUUAAUAAACAUUAUACAAGUUACAAAACUAGAAUUGGCUGCAGAGGUUGGAAGCUGCAAAGUGUUUCAGUGGAUUUUGGAAAUUGGGAACAAUACUUAAAAGUGCAGGGACAAAGUUACUGCCAAAUGUAAAAUAGACUGAAAUUAUAAAGAAUCCUCAAAAAAAUUACCAGUUCAUUUUUAGUUGACUCAACCAAAUUGUAACCUAACCUUGUUCAUACUAAUGUUUUUAAAAAACAAAUUUGGUUACUUAAAACAAAAAAUAUUUGACGAAAUUGGGAUAUUUUCAAAGUGUCUACAGUUUGGCCUAUUUCUUUUAAACGAUGACACAGAAACGUGGUAAGAUACGUUUAAGUUGUUAGUUAUUAAGUUAGUAUUAUUUUUUACUAUACUAUUUGCUAUUUUGUAUUCUCUCUUUACUUAAUCCCAGUACUCGAAUAGAUAUUUACUAUAUUUUCUUUUUCUUGCGUUUAGUGUUCAGUAUUGAAAUGCUUUAAUACUGUUAGUAAAAAUUUAGAGUUAUGGUUGGAUAUACGCGGCGAUGUUAUUUUUUGUAAGUUUAUAGAAAUGUUUAUCCAUGUUGUAUAAAAAAACAUGCAAAAGGACGACCUCGCAUACAAGAUAUAGGCCUCAGUCUGAAUUACUUGCAGGCACGAAAGUUUUCGUUAGAAAAUAGUACAAAAAAGAAGUAGGAUUUGAAAACAAAGUUGGUGCAUACGAUUUAUGUAUCACAGAGGCCAGUCCCAAUGAAAAGAUAUAUUUUGAAAUAUGUACGGCAUUCGUAUAACAGAAACGAACAACCAGGGUGUGAUUUUUAAUAUAUAAUAUAUAACUUUGAUAUGGUAUUUUUGAAUGCCCUAAAUAAUUCAAAAUAUUAAAAUGUGAUUUUAGUACUGAUAUUUAUACCAGACAGUAGGUCCUAUUCACCGUGCUGCACAGGUUUUCCCAACUCUACACAAAGACAUAAUAGGUAAAAAUACCUUCAGAGAUCAAAUAUUGGGAAAAUCUGUGUCGAAUCGGUGCUUUGUAAGCGAGGUCUCUUUGGGGUUAGUUCUUAAUCCAGAGCUCGUCCCGAUAGUAUUAUAUAUGGCUAGUAUUGUUAGUGAUGUCGCGGAAUUUCUAGACGUAAAGUUAGUUUUAGCCAGUGAAUUAGUAUAGGAAUACCACAGGGUCUAGUUCUACCCUAGAGAUAUGAACGUCUUUCUCUAAAUAUAUUGUAUCACCAGAAAACGUUUCAUAGUUAAAAAAAAUUAAGUUUGAAGCAUUGUAAUUCGGUGGACAUGUACGUUGCAUAUAUGUAACUUGUUCUCUUAGUUGAAUCUCUUUAAAUUGUAAGUAUUAUAAUUAUAACAAAUUUCUGGAAACGUCAAAAAACCUGUUGAUAAUAUUUCCAAUGAUGAAAGUUUUGUUUUCAAAUUUUACUAGACAAUGUUUAGAUAAAUUAAAUCCAGAGAUUUGUCAAUGCACUCAUAUGUCCACUGACAGAUCGCAUUCCCGGUGAUAAGUGACACAAGUUAUUUUGACAAGUGACAUUUUAAAAUCUGAAGACGAUCGAAACGUUGAACAUCACCGCGAAUGCGUGCUUGUGUUUCAAACAUCAACUGUACUACAACUACUACUUCUAAAACAAAAAAGACAGUUGAAGUUUGUGUAUACACUCUUAAUAUAGUAACUAACAUUUCUUAUUCUAUUACUAAUACUAUUUACACUUUGACAAUCAUAAAAAUCAUACUUCUUGCAAAUACUGAAUGUAAACGCGUGAACUAUUCUUCUCUACUAAUCUCUCGUCUCUAUGGGUAAUGAAAAAAUUGAUACCAGUCAAAAAACGUGUAUGCUGUUACCAUUUAGCUCCCUUUAACUUAAAAAUAAAUAAAUAGCUAUAUGCAGAAACAACACAUAUCCAAAAAACAUGUCUAAUUUCUUUUCCAGCAGAAACCUCACAUGUCCAGGACUUGUGUGGUUUUUGCUGAAUACGAAAUAAAUAUCUCGUUGGCUAUACAGGUGUUAGUAAAUAAGUAUGAAAAACUUUAAGGGGUAAUGACGGGUAAUUCUACAUGAAAAAUAAUGACAGUUUGCUCUAUAAACGUAUGUCCGCAAAUGCUUCAUUUCCAAGAUACGGGGUGUUGAAAUAUCUUUUUCAAACUGCGAAUUUUUUUAUUGCUCUUAGACCUUUUAAGCUAUGAAAAUUAAAUUUGGUGGGGUUUAAGAGGUAGUUAUUGCGCAUUUGUUGGCAAACAAAUAAGUUUAUAUUCAUCAUUGGCGCGCCUACGGGUAUUGGUCUGAAUUUUUUUAAAGAAAAAAUAGUACGCCACUGAGAUAUUUCAAAUUAAAAAUUAUUUUUGUAUUCCACGUUUAAUUUAUGAUAAAAAACCUUUCUUGUCUUUUUUCCAUGUGGUGCACCGUUUUUAUGCAAAAAAAUAAAACAUCUUCGCGCGUAUUUUUCAUUUCGUAAUACAUUAUCAAGAACACUCCAAUAUAAUAAUGCCAAACUAGAACAAUAACGGAAAAUAUUUCUAAAAAGAUUUUAACUAUGUGCAAGGCUACAACAAAUGUUCAAAAUUACCUCCUUUAAAGGUGACAGAGUAAUUUUAUAUUCACCAUUGGCGCGCGUACGGGUAAUGGUCCGAAGUUUUUAAAGAAAAAAAUAGUACGCCACUGACAUAUGUCAAAUUAAAAAACAUUUUUAAAUUCCUCGUUCAAUUUACGACAAAAAAUCGCUUUUGUCUUUUUUUUCUAUGAGGCGCCGUUUUUAUGCAAAAAAAUAAAAUAUCUUAACGUUUACAAAGUAUUUGAAAUAAGUUUCUAUGCAUAUAGAAUCUCUCGAAUAAUUUGUAAUCGUUAAUUUUUUUGUAUAAAAACGGCGCCGCAUAUGAAAAAAGACAAGAAUGAUUUUUUGUCGUAAAUUGAACGAGGAACUCAAAAAUGAUUUUUAAUUUGACGUUUCUCAGUGGCGUACUAUUUUUUUUUCUUUAAAAAAUUCAGACCAUUACCUGUACGGGCGCCAAUGGUGAAUAUAAAAUUAUUCUGUCGCCUUUAAAGGAGGUAAUUUUGAACAUUUGUUGUAGCUUUGCACCUAGUUAAAAUCAUCUUAGUAAUAUUUUUUGUUAUUGUUCUACUUUGGUAUUAUUAUAUUGGGGAGUUCUUGAUAAUGUAUUAAGAUAUGAAAAAUACACAAAAUACACCAUAGGAAAAAAAUACAAGAAAGGUUCUUUUUCAUAAAUUACACGCUAAUUACAAAAAUAAUUUUUAAUUUGAAAUAUUGGCGUACCUUUUUUCUUUUAAAAAAUUCAGACCAUUACCCGUAGGCGCGCCAAUGAUGAAUAUAAAAUUGAUAUUUGUUUGUCAUAAAAUGCGCAAUAACUACCUCUUGAAACCCACCAAAUAUAAUUUUCAUAUCUCAACUGGUCUUAGAGCAAUAACAAAAUUGGCAGUUUGAAAUAAAAAUUUCAACACCCUGUAUCUCGGAAACAAAGCAUUUGCGGACAUACGUUUAUAGAGCAAAACGCCAUUAUUUUUUCAUGUAGAAUUAUCCCUUAAAGUUUUUGAUACUUAUUUACUAACUGUAUAUAAGUUAAAUAUGGACAUAAUGUGUUAUUUUGCUUUAGUACGAUGUAAUUACAUGUGUAUACUCAUAUUCUUCCAAAAAUCGGGUGUACGGAAAAAUGGACAUUUGUUGUUUCUGCAUUUAGCGAUUCAAAUAGUCUUUGAAUGAAAACAUCUGCAAAUCUUAACAACAAAAUCAAUUUCCAAUCGAGAAUUUUUCAGAACGGUUUGGUGCUUGUAAAGAUGGUUUUUCAGUGAGUUUAAAAAUUAAACCAGAAGUAUCGAACGAGUUUAUGUUGUUUGUAUGUUUUAUGAUUUGAAGAAAUUAAGCAAAAGAACAGAAGAUACAAAAAAGCUAACAUGAUUGUAAGAAAAUUUGAUGUUACAGUAGCAAUGUAUUGCAGCAGUAUCGUUUUCUAUUCAUGUUGAUUAGGAAAUCUUUUAUUAAUAGACGAUUUCUGCAUGGAAAUUCGUGUUAACUUAAAAUUUUACAUACUGUUUUUAAUAUCCACAUGAUAUAUUCUUGAGGUGUUUCGCUGAAACGUCAGCUUUCUCUGAAGUAUUAAGUUGUAGAAAUACGUCAUUUCGUUGAGUUAUAGUUAUUUCUUUAACCAAUGUGAAAAAGCCUCGCCCAAUGCUUAGAUAAUUUUGGAUCCACCGUUAUUUUGGAUUGCUCUUAUUACUAUUUUAUAUUGGCAAAAAGAUUUUUGUUCUUUCGUUUCAUUUUUUGUGUUUGGAAACCCUCUUUUAGAUAUACAGAUGGUUAGCAUAAAAUAUUCUUACGACUCAGCUAAUGUUUCAGGAAAAUACGUCAAGUUGAUUGUAAUCUGUGGAAAUUAAAAAUAGUGUUGUGUAUUGUGUUACUAGAAAAUCUUCUUUCUAACUAAAAGAAGGUUUUAGAUUAAAAAAUAUAUUAAACCCAGUUUUUUGUGGAGCUAAAUGGUUGAUGGUGUACUCAUGAGAAGACACGCAGCAUUUUUGCCAAAUUCGAAGUCAAUAUCUACUUAACUACAUAAAUGUGUAUGUGUUAAAGAAUAUAUUUUUUAAAUUCUCAUUUUUUAAGUACGCGCACAAGGUAUCUCAAAAUAUCAGUAUAGAUUCGUUUCUAAUUCAACUCUUUAGUUUCUUUAAUAUCGCAACUGUUUUGUUUUGUAAGCUGCUUCUCAGGUUUUUCUCGUUAAUUUUAGUUUCUAAGUUAGUUCAUUGUAUUCUUGCAUUUAUUUUUCGUUUUUACAUUUUGAUUUGAUGUUCAUUAAAGUUUCUUUGUAUUA